UAAAAAAGUAAUUAUUCAACCUAAGUUAAGUCUGUUUUAGAGGUCCGCCUACCCACAAGAUGUUAGACCUAUACAGGCGCACUGUGGCUCGAUUUCCCCUGGGAAGCGUCAGCUACAUGUUUGCCUACGGCUCCGGAGUCAAACAACAAGAAGGAUAUGAAAAAUUGGGCAAUGGAAAUGGUUAUCGUCCGGCGCCGGGAAGCGUUGUAGAUCUGGUUUUUUGCGUACGAGAUGCUCACGGCUUCCAUGCGGAGAACCUACACCGCCAUCCGGAGCAUUAUUCUGCAUUAAGGCACCUGGGACCGAGCUUCGUGGCUAAAUAUCAGGAGCGAUUGGGUGCCGGCGUUUUUUGCAAUACUUUAGUCCCACUGGCUGAUGUAGGUCUUACCAUAAAAUAUGGCGUGGUGUCGCAAGAACAGCUGCUAGAGGAUCUGAUGGACUGGCGGCAUCUCUAUCUAGCAGGCAGACUUCACAAACCCGUUACGAAUCUGGUGAAUCCCUCAGAUAACCCGCCCCUGAAGGCUGCUCUGGACAGGAACCUUUUGUCAGCUUUGCAAGUGGCGCUGCUAUUGUUACCGGAAAAGUUCACGGCAUAUGAUCUUUUUCUAACAAUCGCUGGAUUGAGUUACAAAGGGGAUUUCCGCAUGAUCUUCGGGGAAAACAAGCGGAAGGUGCACAACAUCGUUAAUCCACAAAUCAAUGACUUCUUUGCUUUGUACCAACCUUCUUUGGGUCAACUUAGCAAGUAUGUAGCAGUUAACAUGAAAGGCCACGAGCCUGGAAGUCGGAAACCAGCCAUUCUGUUUGAGCAGGACAAAUCCUCAGCCGCUACGUCUCAACACCUACGACAAUUGCCCGGUGAACUUAGGAAGCGGUUAGAACGAAAUGCUGCCUGUCGUGGAGAUUACGCCGAGGUGGUGGAUCAUCUUUCCGUUGCCUCCCAGCUGCCGGAGGUGCUGCAGGCAUCUGUCAACGAUAUUGUUUGGCGCAGCAGCGUCACGCAAUCGAUCAAAAAUAUUCCCAGUGCAGGAGUUCUCAAGUCCCUGGUCUACAGCUACCGCAAGGCUCAAAAAACCUUCGCUGUGUAAAUUUUAUUUUGGAUUAUCCACAGGCUGAUAAUUUACCGACUAAGUUGUGCCAUUUAGCUGCAUUUCGUUAAAUAAUUUUAAGCUUCAAAGUUGUUAACUGCAAUAUAUGUUUAGUCCAAAACAAA